UUUCAUGGCUUCCACGUCGGCAGACUACGUAAACUUGUCGAUAAUGUUUUGCCCUUAAUUGAUUUGAUUGUUCAAAGAAAUGAAAUUACUGAGGCGGCGGAAAACAAUUCUGGUUAUUUUAGUGUUCAUAUGGCUUGGGGGUAUGAUUUAUUUUCUGGCACCGUUGACAGGAUCAAGGGAUGACACUCGAUCUAACGGAGAUCAGGAAGACACUCACAUAAACUUUCAACAGAAUACAGACAGUCGAGACACUUAUUAUGACCAGAAUGAAUUUGUAGGGUUAAGAGGAAAACCAGUUGAAACAGACUCUCGAAGAAUAGAAGGUUUCGACGUGGAAAGUUAUUUAAGCGUCACUAGGGUGAGGCAAGGUGAAGAUGCCUAUGCCAGUAAUGCAUAUAAUCAAGAAGCUAGCGACAAAGCUCCCUUUAACAGAGAUGUUCCUGAUGUGAGAGCCUCUCAAUGCCAAGAAAGAUUGUGGAUAAGUGAUGAUUUACCAACAACAAGUAUUAUUAUUUGUUUCCAUAAUGAAGGCAGAGCUGCCUUAUUACGGACAGUCAUAAGUUCUCUCAAUAGAAGUCCUCCUAACUUGUUAAAAGAAAUAAUUCUUGUAGAUGACUUUAGUGAUAAUGCUGAGGAUGGAAAGCUUUUAGAGAAACUACCUAAAGUAAGAGUACUCCGAAAUAACCAAAGAGAAGGACUUAUGAGGUCACGUGUGAGAGGGGCAGAUGAAGCUAAGGGUGAAGUGCUGACUUUCUUGGACAGCCAUUGUGAAUGCAAUAAGAACUGGCUGGAACCACUCCUGGAGAGGAUUAAAGAGAAUCGCAACAUGAUUGUGAGUCCAAUCAUUGAUGUGAUCAACAUGGACACAUUUGAGUACCUAGGGUCCUCAUCAGAUCUGAGAGGAGGAUUUGGCUGGAACUUGAACUUCAAGUGGGAUUUUCUUCCACCUAAUGUGCUUGCUGAGAGAUCUGGUCAACCAAUGGCUCCAAUUAAAACUCCUGUUAUAGCUGGUGGGCUAUUUUCAAUUGACAAGAAAUGGUUUGAAAGGAUCGGUAAAUAUGACAUGGACAUGGACAUUUGGGGAGGAGAGAAUUUAGAAAUCUCCUUCAGAGCAUGGCAGUGUGGAGGAAGCAUGGAAAUCAUUCCUUGUUCAAGAGUUGGUCACGUGUUUAGAAAUAGACAUCCUUAUAAAUUUCCAGGAGGAAGUAUGAAUGUCUUCCAAAAAAAUACAAGAAGAGCUGUGGAAGUUUGGAUGGAUGAUUAUAAAAAGUUUUACUAUGCAGCAGUCCCCUAUGCUAAGAACACACCUUUUGGAGACAUUCAAAGCCGACUUGCACUGCGCAAGAAAUUGAAAUGUAAGCCUUUCAAGUGGUAUGUCCAGAAUGUGUAUCCUGAACUCAGAGUUCCUGAGGAUGAUGACACCACAGCAUUUGGGGAGGUCAAGCAAGGCAAAGACUGCAUGGACACCCUAGGGCAUACUAGUGGGGGUACUGUGGGGCUGUUUGAAUGUCAUGGAGCUGGAGGAAAUCAGUUGUGGAAUUUUGUCAAGAACAAGAUGUUGAAACAUGACUUGUUUUGUCUGGAAACUGCCAAUGAAAAAGAAGGGACCCCAGCACUUUUACUUGAAUGUGAUGAGCAGAAUUCCAAUCAGCACUGGGAGUAUGACAAGGGCUCUAACAGGAUUAGACAUGUUGGCUCAGGGAAAUGCCUGGAUAGCAAAGAUCAGAAGGAGAAAGGACUUGUUUUAAACUCAUGUAGUGACUCAUUUACUCAAAGCUGGGCAUUUGAGGUGAAUCUUUAGCAAAGGUUCCAUUACCUAGGAUAUGAAUUUUAAAAUUAAUUUAUAUGAAGUUGACUUGCACAAUUAUUGAAUUUUCAAUUCUAACUAGCAAUUGACUCAUGUUCUGGCCGUUUAAAUCAACUGUAGGGUAGAAAAUAUUUUUGUAUGUUGUCUUAAGCUGAUUUUAUAUAGAAAUGUUUUGUUUUUCCUAUCAAUGAUGGUUGUAAAUUUUUAACUAUUAGUAGUAAAAUGUUAGAACUCAUAUUCUGGUAACAUUCUGUACUGUCUUGCGCACUUUAACAUGUCAUUAGCCAAUCCUUCAUUUGGGGGAGUGCAGGAGUGUGAUUACAUGUUAGUACAUUGUGAAUAAGUGAAGACUUGGACAAGUUGGAUCACCUGAAAGAGGGUUUGGAAAAGGAAUUUGGAGUUUUCCCCAAAAUUUUCAAGGCUUACUCUGAUUUGCAGAAUAAUUGAGGUUAAACAAAAUAUAUCAAAAUGAGAUUUAAAAUCUGUACACAUGUUUAUUGAAAAAUGAUUGAUUACAGAAAAUUUAUACUGUAGGUAAAAUGUAGGUUUUCAAUUUUGCCAGUUACAGAUUUUACAUUUCUUGAGAUGCAGAUUUUACAAAAUCUGGCAGUGGGCAAGCUUAAAGUUCCCUAUUAUGGUCUGCACCUACAUUGUAUCCCUCUAUUUCUAAGAUUGAAAAUAAUUUCAAAUUGUCAGCUGUUUCUUUACAUAGUGCAGAAGUGAACUUUACAUUUUUAUAUUUCUUCUCUAAUGGUUAAAUUAUUACCCUUAGAGAACUUUUUCCAUGGUCUAGUGGAAUGAUUAUCACAGAAAACUUGCAAUUUUUAUUGAACCAGAAAGUCACAUGCAUCACAUGUUAUCACCACCAUUGUGUAAAUUUUGCCGAGCAAAAAGAUUGUAUCUGUAUUCAGUUGUAAAAAAUAUAUUUACAUCAGGAUUUUCAUUGAUUUGUCCUGAAAUUUAAAAAAAAAUUGUUCUAAGUAAUUA